AUCUUACCUCAAAAUAUUGUCAUUUAGCUUUUAACUCAAUGCUUUUUGAUUUUUUUCUAUAUUAUUGAGAACGUUUAUACGAACAUUUUGAUAUUACUUUAAGUGGCCACAAUGGCGUGGGGUUUGCCAAAGUUGCCGGGCCUGACGUUUUCGGAUCCAACCAAAACUCAAUACCACAUUCGCAGUUCCCUCCGAUAUUACCAGGGACACAGAUUCCCUGAUACUUUGAUUCGCGGUCCCGGGGGGACAGCUACUGACGUAGACAGCAACGCUUUCGCUCUACCUGAUGAUUCUGUCACCUACGAUCCUUCCUUGACGUAUGGGCGAGUGAAGCAAGCAGCUUUACCAGCGGUCAUCCCACACUGGGUACAUUAUGACAAGAGAUGUCUCAAGUUCACGGCAUUCUUCAAACAGCCAGUAUUUGAAAAUCCAGAUGAGAACUACCGCGUUCGUGUCGUCAAUAUAGUGUACUUUCUAGAAGACGACACCAUAACGGUUAUAGAGCCGAGAGUGAAGAAUUCUGGAUUAUGGCAAGGGCGGAUGGUGAAGCGUGGAAAAAUUCCAAAGAACGACCUCGGAGAAUUCUGGCAUUGGAAAGAUUUGGAUAUCGGCAAAGAUAUAUGUAUGUAUGGAAAGGUGUUCCAUACAGUAUCCUGUGAUUUAUAUACAAAGGAAUGGCUCGAGUCUCAAGGAAUAGAGUUAUCUAAAGAGGAGGAUUUACCUACAGACCCUUACACAGAAAAGGAGCGUUGGAAAAACAUACAGCCACCAAAACGAUCGAAAUCACACGACGAUCGCCUCCUAAGAUUUCUAGAAUACGAAGGGAAAGUUUUAUCGUUUAAUGUUGUUUGGGACAACCGUGACGCAGAACACGGCGAGUUGACGGAGUACAAGAUGUACUAUUUCCUGCAAGACGACAAUAUUUCUAUAAAGGAGCUCCAUGAUGGAAGAGGUGGCAAAGACCCGUUCCCACUUCUACUCAAGAAGAGAAAACUACCCAAGAAAUGGAAAGAGAGACCAGUAUCGUUCCCGUCCAUCGCCUUGGAAAUAACCGACGAGGAGGUAACGGAGUACUAUUCUCCGAGAGAUCUGAUCGUGGGGGAGACGAUCUUCGUGCUGGGGCGUCGGUUCCUCAUAUUUGACUGUGACGCAUUUACUAGGAAAUAUUACAAGUCCAUGCUCAACAUAGAACAACCACCGCCAAUUGAGGUUCGUCACGAUACUAGGAAAGAAUUCCCUAAGAGCUUCCCACCUCAUAUCGGGAUCGGCGCCCCCGAAGACACAUUGCAAUCAUGUUUCGGUCUGGUUCCGAAGCCACCUCACAAAGACGUCAUCAAGUACAAUCUAAAUGCUAACAAGUACCUCAGAUAUCUUUGCGAAUUGGAUUGGAUACACCCCGAAGAUAAUGGUCGUCAGUUCGUGAUGGCUUAUAGCCUCGCCGACGGUACACUCAAGAUCGGUGAAAUACCCCGUCGUAACUCUGGCAUACGUGAGGGGAAGUUCCUGAAGGCUAUGAGGCUUCAGACACCCGAAUCCAACCCCAACUUUCCAACAUAUUUUACACCAGACAGGUUUUAUAUCGGAGCAAUAGUGCCGGUUUUCAAGCAUCGCUUCAAGAUAGUUGGCUGUGAUCUAUACGUGUAUCGUUAUAUGAGCGCCAACCCCGAGAAGUUUCCUCAGGAGGUGAUAGAUAAUGUAAGGAACUACCACAUGAGAGAGGGCAACCUGAAGGACGAACUGGAGGAGGCAAUCCGAGACGAACAAGCGGCUGAAACGAGGGCACAGCUUGCUAAGAUCGGUCAAGCGGCGGUGGCUGAGCCGAGCGCUAUGGAACGCUGUCUGACCGCCCUUAACGUGGUCGAGGGCAGCGCCACACCGCCCCGACCGCCCACGCCGCCCAUGACCACGGACAGACUGCCUUAUGAAGAGUCCUUGAGGAUUAAUAGAUUGAGCAAACCGACAUGCGAUAACAUAGUUCCUCUGAAAGGGAUCCUCAAGUCAGGGGCUGCGAAGGAUGAUCAUCAGAAGGUGGUCUGCUUCAGCGGCCCAGAGGUUGAGAGACAGGAGCCAGCACACCCGGCGACCUACCAGCCUGGACAACAACCACACUUCGAUGAGGAUCCAGAUUUCUGUCAUAAAUUCAAGGAUGCGGAUGCUGAUGAUCGUGCCGAGCGGCGUGCUAAAGACAUCUGCCCCUAUGAACUCAUACCGAGUAAGCAAAUACAAAACCAGACCGGAGAAGAGAUGGCCGUCAAACCAAAGUUGCCAGGUUACCUCGGAACUUACGAUGUUGAUUGCAAGGAGGCGCCUGAAUACAUGCGCCUGCCCAGCGACGCGUACGAGAAAAUCAAGCAUAUGCGUCGCGAUGUGCCUGAGAUAUCACCGCAGGCGCUUCGCAUGUCCAAAUUUCCCCCGGAGCCGAUGCCUUCUGUAGACACCUGUGUGAACCCUCCCCCUGAACCUCAGGGUCCAUGUGCAGUCACCAAGGAAGACGUCUCCUUCUCAUGUCCGCGAGUAGAACCUGGGCUACCGUGCUGCGAUCCCGACAAACGCGAACAAAAAUAAUAUAGAAUAGAUCUUGAUUAUUUAUUGAAUUUUAAAUAAACGAUGCAAAAAUUUCUGAAGUGUCUCGUUACAUUAUAGAAUAGCUUAAUAAAGAUCUCUUCAAAUUAAUUACGAAUAGAUGCACGGACAACAACGAAAUUAUUUUUUUUGCAAUCAUGAGAUAAAAUUUUUUUUUUUUUUUGGGAAGCAAUUUUUCAUUUCGUUCCUACCCAAAAUGCGAGUUUGAGGGUUAUUUCGGCCCCUUAUAAGCCCGGGAAUAUCCCCAAAAACCCAACGCUAACCGUCAUUGCCUUAGUGGACUCCAACGAGGCCGCUUGUGCUUAGACCAUAACACAGUAUGAUAGAAUAUUCAAUGUUUUUUUUUAACUAUUGAGUCUUAAGGAUUGUGGGUACUAAAACAACACAUUUUCUAAC